CGGUACCUCUAGGAGAAACCCCCCUUCACUCACAUUUCUUCGCCGCGCAUGGAGUAAACUCGUUCCUGUACUCCUUGCUAUAAUCGUCGCUGUACUCGUUGCCGCCCUUCACUCGAGCACUCAGAGGCUGACCCCACGCUCACUCGACUUGAUACCUACCUUGAGAAGCCCGACACAUUCUCGGUGACUGCAUCUUACCGCCUCUCUCUCGCUCGCUCUCUCCCUUCUUACACACACUCUCUCUCCCUCUCUCGAGACUUGAAACAGCAAAGCCAACAGGCGGCCAGCAACCAGCCAGCAGCAACAUCACCGCCGUCACACCUCCACCUCACCUCACCACUCCUCCUCCAGCGCUCUGUACGCUAUACUCUUGUCCGCAUUGGAACUGUCGCGCCUACGCAGCGCACUUACUCUCUUGCUCAUCUUCUCGACAUCCAAACCGUUUGGGGUCCCUGCGUCCCCUGCCUGAGUCGCCAAGGCGCUCACACCUCCGCUCCACCCCGGUCCGGGACCCUCUGGCGCUGCCACAGCCGAUCCC